AUUACGAAGGAAAUUACCCUUUGGUUCUUGCACGUUUCCAAAGACAUAUUCAAUGGGAGCAGCUAGCAGAGAGUAAAAGACGCUUCCUCUUUUGAUCACACUCACACCAGCAGAACAGAACAGACACAAGAGUAAGCUCUCUGUAUUUGAGAGUUACAGAGAGAGAUGGGUAGGAGACCAAAUGCUUCAAGAAAGGAAGGAACGGUUCAUACGGCUGAAGCCAAACAAACCCAACCAUUAUCUGAAACUGAGGAACCACAGCCUGAGGGGCCAAAUCCUUCUUCAGAGCAAAUGGACCAGCAACAUGAAAACGCAAGCCCUCCACUGGAGGAAACUAACUCAAUGCAUAUGAUGCAAGAAAAAUCUACUAAAUCCUCUCAUUCAAAAAAGAGACCGAAGCAGCUCAAUUCUGUUGUUAGGCGAUCUUUACGCAUUCGAAACUGUGAUAUGCCUGUUCAAAACCAGAACAUUGAGCCCGUGAUUGAAAACAUUAGUGAUAGUGAGAUGGAAGAGGAGCAACCUCCUUUGGAGGAACAGCCAACCUUGGGUGAGAAAAGCAUGGAAGAAAAAAUUGAUUAUCUUAUACAAUUAGUGGAAACACAGAACUCAAAGGCAAAGAAGAGAAGCCCCGUCUUUUCUAAAUCUCCAGAGUUAGGAUACAAAAGCUUGUAUAUAAACUCUCAAACGAAGAUUGAGGCUUUGAAAAAUGAAAACCAUGAGCUUUCUUUGAAGUUGGAAGUAGCUCUUGGCAAACUUGAAGGGUAUGAGAAAGGGACUUGUGCAUUUUCCGGAGUGAUGGAGAAAAUGAAGGAUGUGAUUUUGGUCUCAGCUUUAUCAAAAGCUACUGAAAGAGUUGUAAAUGUCUCAUCUCAAGCAGUAGGUGAUAAUGCUCUUUCUCCCCAGGGUCGCAAGUAUGCAGCUAAAAGAAAGAAACAGUCCUAAAGCAAUGAAAGGAGCUGAGGACAAUGGUUGAUAUGAUUGGCUUGGCAGUCUUUUGUAAAAAAAUUGGAACGUGUUAGUUUGGGAACUAGCUUUAUUUUGUUAGAACAUUGAAGGGCAUGUUACUGAUGGUUUAAGCACUCAGGACUCGGUUCAUAUGAUAUCUGUUUGGUUGUUGAAAUUUGAAGUGUGACUUUGGUUUGUUAUUAAGAAUUAGAAGUUAAUCUAACGUUCUCAAGCUUAUUCUAUGAUUA